AUGAAUUCAUUAAAACGUAAAGUCAAACAUCCAUAUUUUAGAGCAUUCUUGGCGGGUGAAGGAAAAAAAUUUGAAAAGCCAUUGUUAGGUCAAACGAAUUAUCUUCAACCUAAUUGCCCAUUCCCAAUGAACCCACAAUAUAAGCCUCAACCUCCUUUAUCUGAUUUUGCAAAGGAAGAAAUUUGGAAAAGGUUUAUAGAAACAGGACAAUCCGUAAGAGAACUCGGAACAUUUUAUGGAGUUUCAAUCAAACGUGUUGAAGCUAUACUUAGAUUAAAAAAAUUGGAGAAAGACAUGAUUCAGCAGGGUGUACCAAUUCAAAAAAAUUUUUCAAUAAAUAUGGAAAAAAUGAUGGGUGCACGAUCACAUCGUCAAGAACCAUUAACAGAAAUGUUACCAAAGGUUGGAAAGCCUAAAUUUCAUCUUGUAGAUGAAGGCAAGAAGUUUACACCAGAGCCCCUAGCAUCAUUGCAAGAACAAGAGUUACGAAAAGAAGUAAUUAAACCAUUUACAUUAGAAGAAAAAACGCAGCAACAGUUGCAGACCACUACUGUCAUUAGGAAAGAUUCCGAAAUUACAAAUAGAAGAUUUAAAUUUAGAUUUAAGAACACUGGCGAGGAUAACGAUAUUACUAUACGCGAUCAAGAUGGUACUUUGUUAAAAGUAAAUAAAUUGUCAAGUUAA